AUGCUCGGCCACAAGUGCGGCAUUUGCCUCAGCUCGCGCUCCGAGCACCUCCCGUCCACCAAACACGCCCACGAGGACUGGUGCGCUUUCACCAGCUGCGGCCACGUCUACCACCUCUCGUGCAUCGAGCAGUGGCACCGCACCGCCAACGCGGCGGGCUGUCCCGCGCGCUGCGCCUCGCGCGACGUCAAGCGCCAGAAGCGGCCCGGCUCGCGCAUCACCGAGUCGCUCCCGUACCUGCGCCUGUACAUCGACGCGCCGCGCGCACCGGGCGCACACGUCCCGCCGUCGUCCGACGCCGUCGACGCCGCACCCGAGGUCAAGCCGCGGCGCGACAAGGGCAAGGGCAAGGCGCGCGCUGUGCCUGAUGACGAGGACGACGACGAGGAGGACGAGGAGGAGGACGGGCAGGAUGAGGGCGGCGCGGUGGACGAGGUGACGCGCCUGCGCCGCCAGCGCACCGAGGCGCUCGACACGGUGCGGCGGCAGCGCGACGAGCUUGCGCAGCUGCGCGAGCGCAUGUGCGUCGCCGAGACGGCGGCGGCGGCGGUGGCGAGGCGGGCCCGCUCGUCCUUCCGCAGCCCGUUCUUCCCGCCCGGCGGCGACGGCAGCGGCGGCGGCGGUCCGAGAGCCCGUCACCCGUUCGGCAACGGCGAGGGCGGCGCGGACGACGAGGACGAGCUGUACGGGUACAUGGACGACGACGACGACUGGUGCGCCGAGUGCGAGCAGGAGCACGACGGCGAUGACGAGUGCGCGCCCUUUGCCGCCGAGCUCGCCUCGGCGCGCAACGAGCUCUCGCGCCUGCGGGCGGUCGCAGACCCGCAGGCCGUCGCCACCCUUGCGGCGCAGCUGCGCGCGCUCCAGACGCGCUUCGACGAGCUCUCGACGCGGCACGCGGCGCUCGAGGCCCAGUGCGCCGAGCAGGUGCGCGAGCGAGACGAGGCGCGCAACGUGUACCACGAGGGCAAGAUCAAGUGGCAGGAGGAGGUGCGCCGGCUCAAGCAGCAGCUCGAGGCGAGUGGCGAGAGCGGCGAGGAGCGCAUCCGUCAGCUCGGGCAGGAGAUCCAGGACAAGGAGCACGAGAUCUUCCUGCUGAGAGCCGCUCAAGAAGGCCACGAGCACCGCGCCGACGAGGCGUGCAAGAAGGCGGCCGACGCGGCCCAACGAGCUCGCCACGAGUCGCUCGCCGCUCAAGCCGAGGCCAAGCGCAACGUCGACGCCGCCCUGGAGCACGCGGCGCAGGAGGUGCGGCUGCGCAAGCGCGUCGACCUCGCCAACAAGGCGGCGCUCGACAAGAUCAAGAAGCUCAAGGCCAAGCUCAAGGAGUUGCAGACCAAGCGCGGCAUCCUUGCGCCCGACAGCGACGACGACAACGACGGCGACGAUGCCUGCCUGCCCCUGAACGCCUCGAUCACCCUCUCGCGCCCGCCGCGCACCUCGCUCUCGCCCGCCGACGACCCGUCCUCGGCCUUCCGCGUCAACAACAACUCGUGCCUCGUGCUCGCGAGCCCGACGACCAAGCAGCAGCAGCGCUCGGCACGGCGCCGCACGCCGUUCGACGAGACGUGCGACGUGUCGCUCGAGACGGACCCGGUCGAGGACGCCGACGCCGACGCCGACGCCGACGCCGACGCGCUCGAGUACGCCGACGUCGACAUUGCGCACGGCGACGACGACGACGACGACGACGAGGUCGAGAACCGCCCGCCGAUGCAGGUCGAGCUCGACUCGGACAGCGACAUCGAGAUUGUCGAGCCCGUCCCGUCCAAGUACUUCUCGUCGAGCGCCCCGGCUCGGCCCUUUGCGGCGCGCAACAGCGCCCACGACGCCGACGAGCGCUUCCUGUCGCCGCCGCCCCACUCGGCAUCGGCGUCGGCGGCGGGCAAGAAGCGCGCGUUCGGGCUCACGACGCUCGCCGAGGGCUCGUCGGCGGCGGCGUCGACGAGCCGGUGGGCGAGCAAGAAGCCGGCGCUGUCCCAGUCGCGCAGCGACAAGUACCUGCCCGACUUUGCGUCGGCGGCGUCGGUGCGCAAGGCGGCGGCGGUGGGCCCCAAGCACAAGGUCAAGCGGAGGUGA